GCCCUGGCGGAUAUGUUUCGGCACAAGCACAAUGCGCCUGGCUUCAGAAUGGGACCGAGGAGAGACAAGGACAGCGAGAGUGGGCAUCGGGCAUAUUCCACUGCAGAAACUGGCACAUGGUGGCAAGAAGCACAGGAAUUCAUUGGCAUGGACAAGAUUGUUGCGGCGCUGAUACUGUACAGUGAUGUCACGCACUUGAGCAACAACGGAAGGAAGAAGGCGCACCCGGUCAUGAUGACACUGGGGAAUAUUGCAUUCCCAAAACGCUGGGGGCGGCCUGGGCACUCCCUGCUGGCGCUGUUACCCAUCCCACCCUCGAAUAUGCCGUCGCACUUGAAGGUGGAGCUUUACAACGCGUGUAUUGCUAAGCUACUUGAGCCACUUCUCCGCCUUAAAGACAAUGGUGUCAUGCUGCUGGACUCAGAAGGCAUCGAGCGAUGGGUCGUUCCUUUGCUUUACGCUUGGGCUUGUGACUAUCCCGAGUCCGGGAAACUGACAUGCACCAAAUCUGGCCAGGGCUGCAUGAAGCCGUGCAGCCUCUGCUAUGUCGACAGGGUGUUGAUCUUUUUGGUGGCUGACGUUGUCGGCUCGCCCCAGCUGGAGGCCAUCAGAGCAUACCUUGACUGGUAUCUCUGCUGCAACGCCGCCUCUCACACCGAGAGAAGUCUUUCCGAACUACAAGCCAAAUCAACAAGGCUGGUGAAACUACUCACGACUGCCUUCCCCGAGCAGAAAUCAAAGUGGAACCUCAUCAAAACACACUUGAUGACUCAUUUCAUCCCUGGAAUUCGACGAGCUGGGAAUGUGCAAGAGUACAGCACCAACCUCUUCGAACACCUGCAUAGCACCCUGCUGAAGCAAAUCUACAGGAGAUCGAAUAAGCGGAAAGUGGACACGCAGAUCAUGAAGCACCACGAGAUGAAGCUUGACUCCAUCAGCAACGUGGCCACCGACCAAGGCGUACAAACGGCUAUGCAAAAGGCCAUCGAGGAUGGAGCUCGGGUGAUGGUGAAGGAGUCCUACUUCUUCCCCGUGAAACCCGAUGACGUCACUCCCAUUGCCAACUGGUUUGUCCGUGAGUGGGCGAAGCUCCACAGCGAGGCACACCAUGCCUUUGCGGGUGCAUUGCUUCGACGCCAGCUGAGGCCAACAAAAGUUCGU